GUGACUUUUUGUGUUGAUUUGAAUGUUUAUCAAAAUUCAAUCGUCUUGCUUCAAAUUUCAAUCAACUUCAUAAUACGUAUCCACUUUUUCAGUCUUCUGCUAAAUAAACAAUUCAGUGUAAACGAAAAUAAUCAAAAUUUAAUUGAAGGGUAAAUAAAACAUAUUAUUGAACGGUCCAAAUUUAAUAAUAUAAAAAAAGUUCAAGUAAAUUAAAAAAAAAAUCCUGAUAAAACGUGAUUUUCAUUUGCUACAUACAUUAAUUGCUACGAGCAUUUAAAGUACCUAUUUGUUUCAUAGUUUUAUAUUUCUAUCAAAGAUACGAUGGGUUCUGAAUCUAAGGUAGUGCUAGUAACAGGAGGGUCAGGGUUAGUGGGUCAAGCAAUCAAGACAGUUGUGGAGGAAGAGAGGAAGUCAGGGUCUCCGGAAGUACUUGAUGAGAAGUGGAUAUUUUGCGGCUCGAAGGAUGGUGAUUUGAGAAAUAAAGAUGAAACUGAGGCGCUGUUUGAGAAGCACAAGCCGACACAUGUGAUUCACUUAGCUGCGAUGGUGGGCGGCUUGUUUCAUAACAUGGCACAUAAUUUGGACUUCUUUCGCGACAAUAUGGCCAUCAAUGACAAUGUACUGUACGCGAGCUACAAACACAAGGUCCAGAAGGUUGUGUCCUGUCUCUCCACCUGUAUAUUCCCCGACAAGAUAACAUAUCCCAUUGAUGAGACCAUGGUGCAUAAUGGACCGCCUCACAGCUCCAACUAUGGGUACAGCUACGCUAAGAGGAUGAUCGAUGUGUUAAAUAGGGGCUACCGGGAGCAGCACGGGUGCCGCUUCACGUCGGUGGUGCCGUGCAACGUGUUCGGGCCGCACGACAACUUCUCGCUGGCCACCGGACACGUGGUGCCGGCGCUCAUACGCCGGAUGGACGACGCCAUGCGGAACGGCGACAAGACGUUCGCGGUGUGGGGCUCGGGGGCCCCGCUGCGCCAGUUCAUCUACUCGCUGGACGCGGCGCGCCUGUUCGUGUGGGCGCUGCGCCGCUACGACAGCGCCGAGCCCCUCAUACUGUCUGUCGACGAAGAAGACGAAGUAACAAUAAGCAAAGCGGCUGAAACUAUAAAGAAAGCACACGGGUUUACCGGCGAAAUAGUAUACGAUACGAGCAAAGCGGACGGCCAGUACAAGAAAACUGCGUCUAACAAGAAGCUUAGGUCCCUUUGUAAGGAGUUCACGUUUACUCCCUUCGAGCGAGCGAUACAGGACACUGUUGUAUGGUUUAAAAAUAAUAGAGAACAUGCGAGACUGUGAAAGAUAUAUAUAAAUUAUUUCUGUU